AUGAAGUUUUUCUUCUCAAAAAUUAUUUUUCUGCUACUUUUUUUGAAAGCCCACGGGCAAUAUGUGCAACCACAAUAUGCUGAAAUUCGAGGUAAGGAUUUAUUGUACUUGGAGACAUUUUUCAAAAAUUGAAAAAAAAACAUUUUCAGCUGUUUCUGCGAUGUGUAGCUCAGAUGGUAUUACAGCAAGUAUAGAUUUUGAUAAACCCUUCACCGGAAAAAUAUAUUCGCUAAAUUAUGCAACUGUUGGCGAUUGCUUAUAUUAUAACAAUAUCGAUCGAGAUACAGUACUCUUUUCAAUUCCAGCUCAUAUUUGUGGAACAAAAUUGCAAAGAACCACUAGAAAUGUGAGUUGAAACAUUUUACAGAAAAAAUGACCUUAUGUGUCACUUUUUAAUUGUUGUAACUCAAUCUUACUUCCGAAUUAUUAUUAUAAUACUAUUAUAAUUGAAAUAUUUUUACUUUUUUCUUCACCAUUUUUCUUUGUUCGUUUCUCGAAGAAAAGGUCAGUGAAAGCUGGUAAUUAUUAUGUAUAGAAGAAGUCACUAACCAAAUAUGUAUAGUUAGGAAAUGUUUUCAGAAUAUCGAUCAGAUGGAAAAUCGGGUUUAUGUUCAAAUGGAUAAAGAUACUCAAACUUCAGCUGAUAAACAAUUUUCUUUUGUUUGUAAAUUGACAGAUUCACAAGGACUUCAGAAUGUCACGAGGUUUUUUAACAUGAAAAUUUUGAAUUUCGAAGCGAAAAAAUGAUUUCAGCGCUGCUGCCAAAGAUGACUCAAACACCGUAAAAGAUUCGUAUUCGGAUGUUCCUCCAAUUCGCCCAGUUGCAAGUAGUGUUAGCACCAAAAUGCAUUCACCAAUGAUGUCACCAAUAAAACCGGUGAAUAGAAACAACUCUGUAAAUUUAAAAUUCUAAAUUUUCAGACCGAAGUACGUCAAAUCUCGGCGUUCUCCAAAGAUGCUCAUAUUUUUGGGAACUGGCCAAUUCCUGGUUCAAAACCUUAUGAAGCAUCAAUGCAACCAGUUUCAACAUAUCCUUUGGCACCAAUUUCCCCAGAAGUUCAUCAAUCUACUUCAACUAUUCACCCACCAAUUAUGGCACAUGAUUCUCAUCCUCAAGUUGCAGGUGCUCAAGGAGAAUAUGUGACUCGUCCAAUCUCAACACCUUUUAUGAGAAGUCCAAUACUUGCUCGAACCUUUACGACUGCACCGCCUGUUACAGCUUUCACUUUAUUCCCACCUGGUUUUACAUUAUUGCCAACAAUUCCACCACCAACAACUUCGCCAUCUCCAAUUAUUCCAAAUAUUCAUUUUAAACAAGGUGUUGGAGUGCCAUUCGUGCCAGGACCUGCACAAAAAACUGAGAAAAUUGUAGAUGCUGAUCAUUGGAAUGAUCCGAAUGCGUAUGCGACACCUCCACAACCAAAUAUUGGUGGAAAUUCGAAUCAGAAUCCAACAACAAAGUUUUAUAAAGAGGAACCACCAACAGCUUCUGCACCAUUCUCAUCAGAUUCUAAAAUCAAUGUUGAUACUCCAAAACCAUCUGAUCAACAUCACAUUUCACCAAUCACUACAUCUGUUUUGAAAACUCAUCAAGAUAGUUUUGUGGAACCAGAAGUCACUUUGGAAAUUCAAAGAGGCGAAGGUAAGUUGGGAAUUUACAAAAAAUAUUAGUGGAAAAUUUGGAUCCUGGGAUUAAUUUUUGGGUUAGGUAAGUUUCGAAGAAUUCAAAAAAUUAGGAAAGUUCAGAAAACUUGGGUCUUGAGAGGUUACUGUAGCCAUAUAAUCAGUUCUGUUGAAUAAUUAAUUAUCUCACAAUCACAAAAUCAUACAAACCCGUGUUUCAAAAUCCAAUUCAAAACUUCCAGGACCAUUUGCACCGCCUGUCACGACACCAAUAAAAAUAGGAGAUAACAUUUCACUUGUCAUCAAAGCCAAAAGUUAUUUGAAUGAUUCCGAUGAUUUUGAUAUGUUUGCUCAUUCUUGUUUUGCAACCGAUGGAAAAGGCGAUACAAAAGUUCAAAUGAUUGAUGAAAAUGGGUAAUUAUUAACACUUUCAGCAAAAGUUUUUGAAAAUUUAAAAAAAAAAUUUAGAUGUGUGAUUCGGCGCGAAUUUGCUUCAGAACUUCGGCGAGUAAAAGAUCCGGACAAUAUGAUGUUUUACUAUAUGAUGAUCAAGGCUUUCAAGUUUCCAGGUCCCGAUGAUGUUUAUUUUUCGUGUACUAUUGAGUUCACACCAAUGACCAAAGCACCUGUAAGUUUUGGGAGAAUUUCAGCUCAAACGCUUUCACAUCGAGAUAUAUGUUUUUGCAGAGAAUUUGCUCUAAACUUCGACGUCGCCGUCAACUUUUCAAUGGAACUUCUUCAGAACUUCGAUUAUUUGAUAGUGUCAAUGUUAAACUUUUAGAUGAUAAUGAUAAUACUGAAAUUCAAGAUCCGGAAAAUCUGAAAAUUUCCGAUGGCUCUUCAAACUGCGAACUAAAAGAGGAAAUUUAUUUGACAAUUAUUGUGAUACUUAUGAUUUCAACAACAAUUUCACUAAUUUCCAACAUUUUCCAAUUUUCUAGAAAUAUUAAAACUUCACGGGUUAAUUCAAACAAUUAUUGA